GUAGAAAAGUUAAAUUACUUUUUCUGGAGUUGUACCUUUUCCUAUUUUCAAACAGUGACUUUUUCUCAAAGAGAUGAUUCCAUGUUGUCAAUAUUCUUCAUGCUCUAGUAGAACUUUUAUCAGACAAUAUGAUCUAUGUUUAACCAUGAGGAGAGAAAAAGUGAUCUUCAUUUUUACAUUUGCUAAAUGAAAAUUUCCUUUUAAUUGGCUAGGAAAAAAAUUGUUCUACAUGGUCCAUAUAUAUCCAGAAUACUCACAUGUGAGCAUUUACUGCUAGAAUGGAAAGAAGGUGUAGAACUUAGUCUGGGACUGAAUGUUCAGUGAUUUUCUGAUACCUGAAGGCACAAUGAUUGAUACUGAUAAAAGGGCUAUUUCUAGAGAGGGCAUGACUAUUUUGGAGAAAGCAGCUUUGGGCUGAGUGGCGAGUAGCUUUACCUACCUUAAAAUAAGUUUUUAAGGUAAUAUAUAACAGAAGUCUAUAUUCUAAAGGACUUGAGAAUUAAAAUAUGAAAUAAAAAAUCCUUUAGAGAAAGGGAGUGAGACUGUAUCAAUAGUCUAGCACAGAUGAUAACUAGAGUUGAGCAUCAAAUUAAAUGCUAAGCCUCCUGAAACCAAGGCAAACAGGGAAGUUACUCAUUUUUUUUCAGGAAAUACAAGUUUUUUUCUACAUUAAUUUCUAAGGGAUAUUGAUCACAUAGUUUUUUAAUUUCCUUACAUAGAGCCCACUGAAUAACUUGACAGGAUCUUAACACUUGACAGGUGGUUUUUGGUGAAAGUUACAAAACCAAUUUUUGCUAUUUAAAGUUAAUAGUAAAAUUUGUGGUAUGGGGGUUAACUGUAACUCAGCUAAAGCUUUUUAAAGGUUUAGGUUUACAAAUACUUGGUGAUAUAACUAGAUAUAUAGUAAAAUAACUUAGAUAAAAAAGAAAAGCAUAAUCUAUUCUCAUGUAUAUUCUAGGGAUCAAAAUCUUUUGAGAUGUUUUGAAAAAGGCCUAUAAGGGGGUAUUUUACGUUUUGGAAAUGCUCUGUGUUCUUUUUAGGAAUUCACAAUAUAUAUAAGCAGUUAAUGGAGUGCUCAGAAAUCCUAUAACAUAGAAUAUUAUAUGACUUUAUACAGUAUUAGCAUUAGUAAACUACACGACCUUGGGGACCUCUCGUUUGAGCCAAGUCUGUUAAUAUCCUGAGGAGCGCAUUCAGGGGAACAUUCUAUUGGCUUGGCUUAUGCAGAUGACAGUAGUCUCAGCUGAGCAUUUGACAGGGGCCAGUAGAAUCAAUUCAGAGUUGUUCUCUAACAUUUACUAAAUCUAUGUUAUAGAUUUUCUUGGAGGAAAAAUAGACCUUGUCAGAGAGCCUUAAUUAAAGUCCAGAACCUAGAAACAUAUGCAUCACCAGAUCAACAACUGAAAUGGGAAUAGCAGACAAAGGUGUCUCAUAGGUGCGAGCUCCUAUAGUUAAUCCGACAUUAGGUGUUCAUGAAGUCGACCUUUUAAAGACAUCAGGAACACUGAUUAGUUUUAUUUACCCAGCCGAAAAUCCAGACUUGCUAAAUAAACUUUCCAAAAGAAAAACUACAGUUCUCGCAAUGGACCAGGUUCCAAGAGUCACAAUUGCCCAGGGAUACGAUGCACUGAGCUCCAUGGCCAACAUUGCUGGUUAUAAGGCUGUUGUCCUAGCAGCAAAUCAUUUUGGACGUUUUUUUACUGGUCAGAUCACAGCUGCUGGAAAAGUUCCUCCGGCUAAGAUUCUGAUAGUUGGUGGUGGUGUUGCUGGGCUUGCUUCUGCAGGUGCAGCAAAAUCGAUGGGUGCAAUUGUUAGAGGAUUUGACACAAGAGCUGCAGCUUUGGAACAGUUCAAGUCUCUGGGUGCUGAGCCCUUGGAGGUGGACUUGAAGGAGUCUGGUGAGGGACAAGGAGGAUAUGCAAAAGAGAUGUCCAAAGAGUUCAUUGAAGCUGAAAUGAAACUCUUUGCUCAACAAUGCAAGGAGGUAGACAUCCUUAUCAGCACAGCACUUAUUCCAGGUAAAAAAGCUCCAGUUUUAUUUAAUAAAGAAAUGAUUGAGUCAAUGAAGGAAGGUUCAGUUGUUGUGGAUUUAGCUGCUGAGGCUGGUGGAAACUUUGAAACCACAAGGCCAGGAGAACUCUAUAUUCAUAAGGGAAUUACUCACAUAGGCUACACAGACCUACCCAGCCGAAUGGCCACUCAGGCUAGCACCCUAUAUUCCAACAACAUCACCAAACUCCUGAAGGCCAUCAGCCCGGACAAAGAUAAUUUUUAUUUUGAUGUGAAAGAUGACUUUGACUUUGGUACGAUGGGUCAUGUCAUUAGAGGAACUGUAGUGAUGAAGGAUGGUAAAGUGAUUUUCCCAGCUCCGACACCGAAAAAUAUUCCUCAGGGUACCCCAGUAAAACAGAAGACAGUGGCUGAGCUGGAAGCUGAAAAAGCAGCUACCAUUACACCCUUCAGGAAGACAAUGACAUCGGCUUCUGCAUAUACAGCAGGUCUCACAGGGAUACUGGGUUUGGGCAUUGCUGCUCCCAAUCUAGCCUUUUCUCAGAUGGUGACCACUUUUGGCUUGGCUGGCAUUGUGGGCUAUCAUACCGUCUGGGGAGUGACCCCUGCUCUCCACUCACCACUGAUGUCUGUGACAAAUGCAAUCUCAGGGCUGACUGCAGUUGGUGGGUUGGCACUGAUGGGAGGACAUUUGUAUCCUUCCACAACUUCUCAGGGCCUUGCUGCUCUUGCCACAUUCAUAUCCUCUGUCAACAUUGCAGGUGGCUUUCUGGUGACUCAGAGAAUGCUGGACAUGUUCAAGCGUCCCACUGACCCCCCAGAAUACAACUACCUGUAUCUUCUCCCUGCUGGCAUCUUUGUUGGUGGAUAUUUAGCUGCCCUCUACAGUGGUUAUGACAUUGAACAGAUUAUGUACCUAGCCUCGGGUUUGUGCUGUGUUGGUGCCUUGGCUGGGCUUUCCACCCAGGGAACAGCUCGUCUUGGCAAUGCAUUGGGCAUGAUUGGGGUUGCUGGAGGACUGGCAGCCACCCUCGGAGUCCUAAAACCGGGCCCAGAAUUACUAGCUCAGAUGUCUGGAGCGAUGGCUUUGGGUGGUACCAUUGGAUUGACAAUUGCCAAACGCAUCCAGAUUUCUGAUUUACCUCAAUUAGUUGCUGCUUUUCACAGUUUAGUGGGUUUGGCAGCUGUACUUACUUGCAUAGCUGAGUACAUUAUAGAAUAUCCACAUUUUGCUACGGAUGCAGCAGCAAAUCUCACCAAGAUUGUGGCUUACCUCGGCACUUACAUUGGUGGCGUCACCUUUAGUGGGUCUCUCAUUGCGUAUGGAAAAUUGCAGGGUCUCCUGAAAUCUGCCCCUCUCCUACUCCCUGGAAGGCACCUACUCAAUGCAGGCUUGCUGGCUGCUAGUGUGGGCGGGAUAAUCCCAUUCAUGUUGGACCCAGGCUUUACCACUGGCAUCAUGUGUCUGGGUUCUGUGUCUGCUCUCUCUGCUAUCAUGGGUGUGACUUUGACAGCUGCUAUUGGGGGUGCUGACAUGCCUGUCGUCAUCACUGUGCUGAACAGCUACUCAGGCUGGGCCCUGUGUGCAGAAGGCUUUCUGCUCAAUAACAAUCUGCUGACCAUCGUGGGUGCACUCAUAGGCUCAUCUGGUGCUAUCCUGUCAUACAUCAUGUGUGUGGCAAUGAAUCGCUCCCUGGCUAAUGUGAUUCUUGGAGGCUAUGGUACCACUUCAACAGCUGGUGGAAAACCCAUGGAAAUUUCUGGCACACAUACGGAAAUCAACCUUGACAAUGCAAUUGACAUGAUUCGAGAAGCUAAUAGCAUUAUUAUUACACCAGGAUAUGGUCUCUGUGCAGCCAAAGCUCAAUAUCCUAUCGCUGAUUUGGUAAAGAUGCUCACUGAGCAAGGCAAAAAAGUCAGGUUUGGAAUUCACCCAGUUGCAGGCCGAAUGCCUGGUCAGCUUAAUGUGCUGCUGGCUGAGGCUGGGGUGCCAUAUGAUAUUGUGUUGGAAAUGGAUGAGAUCAACCAUGAUUUCCCAGAUACUGAUUUGGUCCUUGUAAUUGGAGCUAAUGACACUGUUAAUUCAGCAGCUCAAGAAGAUCCCAACUCUAUUAUUGCAGGCAUGCCAGUCCUUGAGGUCUGGAAAUCAAAGCAGGUGAUUGUUAUGAAGAGGUCUUUGGGUGUUGGCUAUGCUGCAGUGGACAAUCCAAUUUUCUACAAACCUAACACGGCCAUGCUUCUAGGUGAUGCCAAGAAAACAUGUGACGCACUCCAGGCGAAAGUUAGAGAAUCCUAUCAGAAGUAAAUAUUAAAGAUCAAGCUGUUGGCUAGUAAAGCCACCUCUAAGUUGUGGGAACAGUCAAAUAAAGUAUCAGUAUACAUGGUGAUAUACAUCUAUAGCAAAGCUCUUGGAAGAAAAGGAAGACUGAAGAAAGCAAAGCAAAUACUGUAUAGAGAGAUUUUUCAAGACCAGUAAUCCCUCAGUUUUAAAAAAAGGAUUAAAAAUUCUAAAUGUCUUUCUGUGCAUAUUUUUUUGUGUUAGGAAUCAAAAGUGUUUUAUAAGAGAAGGAAGAACAGCCUCAUUUUAAAUGUAAUUCUGUUGGAUUUUUUAUGCCUCCUCAGUAACCAGAAAUGUUUUAAGAAACUAAGUGUUUAGGAUUUCAUGGCUUACAUUAUACAUGGAUCUGAAAUAUCUGACACAAUGUAAACAUUGCAAGCAACUGCAUUUUUUUUUCUUCCAACAAAUGUGACUAAUUUGAAACUUAUAUGAACUUCUGAGCUCUUCCCUUGCAAUUUAACCAUAGUCUGAAUUAACCAUAUCAAAUUGGUUUUAAUUUUUUAAACUGUACUUCAGAGUCUAUAUUUCAAGGGCAUAUUUUCUCACUACUAUUUUAAUACAUUGAAGGACUAAAUAAUCUUUCAGAGAUGCUGGAAACAAAUCAUUUGCUUUAUAUGUUUCAUUAGAACACCAAUGAAACAUACAACUUGAAAAUUAGUGUUAGUUAUAUUUUUGAAAAUUCCAUUUCUAAUUGGAGAUCUCUUCAAUUUCAAUCAACUUAUAAUGUGUAGUACUGUAUUAAGUGCACUUGAGUGGAAUUCAACAUUUGACUAAUAAAAUGAGUUCAUCAUGUUGGCAAGUGAUGUAGCAAUUAUCUCUGGUGACAAAAGAGUAAAAUCAAUUAUUUCUGCCUGCUAUAAAUAUCAGGGGAAGACCUGCUACUAUGAAAUAGAUGAAAUUAAUCUGUCUUCACUGUUUAUAAUAAGAAUGGAUUUUGUUUUCAAAUCAGUGUGUGUUUUGAGGUCUUAUGUAAUUGAUGACAUUUGAGAGAAAUGGUGGCUUUUUUUUUAGCUACCUCUUUGUUCAUCUAAGCACCAGUAAAGAUCAUGUCUUUUUAUAGAAGUCUAGAUUUUCUUUGUGACUUUGCUACUGUGCCUAACGCUCUAAAUAUAGGUGAAUGUGUGAUGAA